AUGAAAUUUACUAAGUGGAAUUUUACUGUGUCAGUUCUUGGAAUUGUAAUUUAUGUAGCUGAUAUUGCAGCAGAUAUCUGGGUCACUAGUAACUAUUUCUGUGAGGGACAAUAUUCUUUGGGUAUCUUGACACUGGUUUUUAGGUUGCUGUCAUCAAUAAUAGUACAGAUAUUUAGUUAUGAAUGGUUUAAAGACGACUGUGGAAGCCCUGAUCCUGGGAAGCUGAACUGGAUUUUUCUACUUCAUUUCUUGCAUGGUGGAAUUUUUACAAGGUAUUGGUUUGCACUGAAAGAUGGCUACCAGGCUGCUUUUAAACAAAACAGCUCAGGAGAUCAACUUACUGGGGGCCCUGCUAGUAUCAUUCAUAAAUGCGCCAUUGAUGCAGUGACUGAUAUUAGUAUGCUCAGGGUAUUUAAGACUUUCCUGGAGACCACACCCCAGCUCAUUCUUCAGAUUUACAUCCUGAUGGAGCAUGACAAGGCUGCUUUCAGUCAGUAUGCUUCCAUCAUCACAUCUUUCUGCAGCAUUUCCUGGUCAACUCUUGACUAUCAGAUAUCAUUACGAAAAUCUCUGCCUGAUAAUAAUCAAUUUUCUGGGGUGCCUCCUAAAUUAAUCUACCUCUUGUAUAAACUGUUCACACUGACUUCUUGGAUACUGAGUAUUGCACUGGUCACCCUAUUAAAUAUCAUAAGUAGUAUAGUUCUGCUAAUAUUUCUUUGGACCUUGGGCUUCAGCUGGACUUUGAAGCAACACACUACGUUUUGCAAAUCUAAGAGGAUGGAAUUUUUAUUCAGGACUGUUGUUGGGAUCAUUCUUAUUUUUACAUUUUUUAAUGUCAAGGGGGAAAAAACAAAAAAGUAUAUUUCUAGUUAUUAUGCCACUCAUGUGGUUGUAACUUUAGGCAUAAUGUGUGUGUGUUUGUUCUGGAAGACUUCAGUUACUGAGCAAUUAUAUUUUACAUUUGUGAGCAUCACAAUUGUUCUCACUCUGGGGUUAGGUAUUAUUUGUCUUAUUGUUUAUUAUAAGUUUUUCCAUCCCACUAUUUAUUUCAAACAAGAGAGUGCUUCAGAUAAAGUUGAUGGACUAGCAAGAGAAAGAGAAGAAGAAAUCAGUAGAAUAAGAAAUUUCAUAAUGCCAUGA